UUAUAUAAUUUGGUAAAGGAUUUAUAUAUUUUUUUUUGCUGCGCAUCAAUUUUAUUGCUUGCUUUGUUCAUAUUUGUCUUCUUUGGUUUGUUGUUAUUGAUGGCGGUGAUGAUGAUGAUAUUAAUCCCAUGAUCUUCAAGCAAGUUUUCUACGUUUUUUUUGAAUAUGCACUCCAUCCAUCAAUAUUUUGAAAAAUCAUCAUCAUAAUCAUCAGGUAACAAUCAAAAAAUGACUUCAAUUUGGAAAGCAAUACGUUUAUCGACGAAAAAUGAUAAAAUCUCAGAGUUAAAUACAAAUUUUAAACAUGAAAAAUUAUUUGAAGAACUACCAAAUGAUGGAUCAACAUUUUAUUGUCAAUAUCUUGGUUAUAUCCCGGUGGAAAGUCCAUCCGGUGCUGCAACCAAUGCUAAAGCAAUCAGACAAAUGAUGGCCAUGAGUCGUUUAAAAGGUACCAAAUCAAUGGCAUUAUCCAUUUUACCUAAUAAGAUUAUUAUUGAAAAAUCAACAAAUAAAUCAAACAAUAAUAAUGAUAAUGAUGAUGGUGAUGGUGAUCAUCAAUCAAUUAUGAUCUCAUUAAAUAGAGUAUCAUAUUGUUUUGUUGAUUCAACAUAUGAACGUGUGAUUGCAUUUGUAGCAACAAAUGAUAAUGGUUGCCAUGAAUGUCAUGCAUUUAUGGCAAAUAAAACAAAAAUGGCCAAAUUAAUUGCAUUUACCAUUUCAAAAGCAUUUAUUAAUGCAUAUGAAAAAUGGUUACAACAGAAAGUACUAUUAUCAACAACAACGACAACGACAACGACAAUGAAGAAUAAUUGUCCGGUACAACAAUGCGAAACAACGACAACAACAACAACAAAUGAUUCAAAUACAACGCAAUCGAUUGAUUAUGAUUGGUUUGAUUGUGUGAUGGAACAAUCAUGUCAUAAAAAUCAUGAUAAGCAAUUGCUUAUAUUGGAUUGAAAAGAGAAAACAACAACAACAACGACAAAAAUCAAAUUAAACCCAUUUUCUCGAAACAUUUUCGGACCAUUUUCAUUGAAUUUUAUUGAAUAUUUUGUUUUCUGUUUUCUAUAUGUUUUUUUUUUUGGUUUUGCUGUCUUGUUACUUACUUUUGUUCUUAAUAAUAACAUUUAUCAUUGAAUCAUUAAAUAAUUUAAAAUAAUAAAUUUGAUUUUCCAUUCAUUUCAA